UUUUUGUUUUUUUUUUGGGAGGAAAUAUGUCAAUUUGGUUGACAAGUAAAUAUUUGGAAUUCAAGUUCUUGCUAAGUUUUUCUUAAAAAAAUGUAUCUUUAAAAGUUGUAUAACUUUUAUAUUUUACUGCAUUAAAAUCAACCCAAUGUUUUUUGUUUUUUUUUUUUAAAAGAAGCUGGAAGACGUCAAUCCCAUCACUCAUCCUUGAAUUUUGUCUAUAAUCACAUAAAUGAGGUGUUAUGCAAUAACCGCACUCCAAAGUUGCGCCAGCUCCGACAUGACAACAGAGAUGAGUGGAUCUUUAGAGGAACAUCAGGAGGGGGCGGGGGAGAGGAGGCACGAGAGGAUGGAGAGAGACCCGGAUGCUGAUGCGAGUGGAGCGAAGGCAGGAGGAGGAGGAGGAGGAGAGAGAAAAUAUCGAUUUACGGCAAUAAAACGGAGCAUCAUCCAAGCGGCCUUUACCUGGAGGUUAACUGUAGUCGGGAAGUGAGAAGGGGGAUAAAGCAGCGGACAGUGGCGCGAGGCCCUUCGUGUUUUUUCACCGCCAGUGACGGAGGAGGACACGCCAAAGGAGAGCGGAAAAGAUGCUGUGAUCCGCUACUUGCAGUGAUGUAGGGAGGCAGAGACGGAGCACAGGCAGGGAAGGAGGAGGGGGGGCACUAUGCUAAAGAUGGUUGUUUGGAAAUUAAAACGUUUGGAAAUAUUGUGGCGGCGGACUGACGAAUUUUCGGCUUUGCAGAGAAACUUCAGGCGUUGUCCGUUCUUUUGACAGCCGUUGGCUUAGACGUCGAAGCUAAAGCUAGCCUCGCUGCUGUGUGGGACAACGGCGGCGAGGCUAAAAUAGCAUGGAGUUCCACUUGUAAAAUAGGCCCAACAGAGAGAAUAACAUUGAUUUAUUUUUUUCUGCGCGAGCGCUUUGACGCAAACCCUCCUGGGAGUCGUAGUUUUUAACUAACUAACACAUUUAGCGAUGAUACAAAUUAGCUAAACGAGUUAAAUAGAUCCAGUACGUCACUGUCACUGUCAUUUCUUAAUUAAGCUAGCAGUUUAUGUUAACUAGAAUGGUUACUGAGAAAACUAGAAUAUGUAGCUUAGCUUCUUUUGCUCAUUUAUGUGCUGUAAGGUUUACAUGUGACACGGUGCAAACCUCAGAGAAAUCCCUGUCCUAAAACCUGCAACAACUCCUGUUUAAGCUGUACAAAUCACAGUAAUCGCAAUAAUAGCAGUGCAGUAUUAGUUCUAUUUGUGCGUUAGCCUUCAGUCAGAGCAGUAUGAGUAAGGAACUGUCUCUGAGUCAGUCAGCUCAGUAUGUUGGGCCCUAUCGUCUGGAGAAGACUCUGGGGAAGGGGCAGACAGGGCUGGUCAAGCUGGGGGUCCACUGCAUCACGGGUCAGAAGGUAGCGAUCAAAAUAGUCAACAGAGAGAAGCUGUCUGAGUCAGUCUUGAUGAAGGUUGAAAGAGAGAUUGCCAUUCUGAAGCUGAUAGAGCAUCCGCAUGUGUUGAAGCUGCAUGAUGUUUACGAGAAUAACAAAUAUCUUUACCUGGUGUUGGAGCAUGUGUCAGGGGGUGAGCUCUUUGACUACCUGGUGAAGAAGGGUCGGCUAACUCCAAAAGAAGCCAGGAAGUUCUUCAGGCAGAUCAUCUCUGCCUUGGAUUUCUGCCACAGUCAUUCCAUCUGUCACCGGGAUCUAAAGCCGGAGAACUUGCUCCUGGAUGAGAAAAACAACAUUCGGAUCGCUGACUUCGGCAUGGCCUCCCUACAGGUGGGAGACAGUCUGUUAGAGACCAGCUGUGGAUCACCACAUUAUGCUUGUCCUGAAGUUAUACGGGGGGAAAAAUAUGAUGGACGGAGAGCAGAUGUGUGGAGUUGUGGGGUCAUCCUGUUUGCCCUAUUAGUGGGUGCCCUACCUUUUGACCAUGACAAUUUACGCCAGCUCCUGGAAAAAGUGAAGAGUGGGGUAUUCCAUAUGCCUCAUUUUAUACCCCCGGACUGCCAAUCUUUGCUCAAAGGCAUGAUUGAAGUCAACCCUGAAAAACGACUCACGCUAGAGGCCAUCCAGAAACAUCCCUGGUAUAUCGGCGGCCGUAACGAGCCGUGCCCUGAGCAGCCUCCUCCCAGACGAGUGUGCGUGAGGCGCAUCCUGUCUCUGACUGAGCUGGACCCAGAUGUGCUGGAAAGCAUGUACUCGCUGGGAUGUUUCAGAGACCGAGUCAAGCUGACGCGGGACUUACAAUGUGAAGAAGAAAACCAGGAGAAGAUGAUCUAUUACUUAUUGCUGGAUAGGAAGGAGCGAUACCCCAGCUACGAAGACGAGGACUUACCUCCGCGCAAUGACGUAGCAGACCCUCCUCGAAAGCGCGUCGACUCGCCCAUGCUGACGCGCCAUGGCCGCUGCCGACCGGAGAGGAAAAGCUUAGAAGUGCUGAGUGUUACAGAACAGGGGUCUCCCACCCCACCUCGCAGGGCUUUGGACACAGCUGCACACAGCCAGAGAUCUCGCUCAGUCAGUGGAGCAUCAAGUGGUCUCUCGUCCAGCCCUCUCAGCAGUCCCAGGGUCACUCCUCAGGGCUCUCCGCUGCCCACACCGUUGGGCACCCCUGUCCACCACCCUCACCACCCUUCCUCUACCCCGCCUUCCUCCUCCUCCUCCUCGUCCUCCUCGCGGGCAGAGGGAGGGGGAGGGGUGGGCUCCUUGUCGUUGACCCCGCCCUCCAGUCCGGGAGGGGGGAGUGGAAUGGCGGCCAGCAGCUCCGCCCACUGGAGGACUCGCUUGAACUCCUUCAAGAACAACCUGCUGGGUUCUCCCCGGUUCCAUCGCCGUAAAUUACAAGUUCCUACAUCAGAAGACAUGUCCAGUCUGACCCCAGAAUCCAGCCCAGAGCUAGCUAAGAAGUCGUGGUUUGGGAAUUUCAUCGGCUUGGAAAAAGAGGAGCAGAUCUUUGUUGUGAUCAGAGACAAGCCUUUAAGUUCCGUUAAAGCUGACAUUGUCCACGCUUUCUUAUCAAUCCCAUCCCUCAGCCACAGCGUCCUUUCGCAGACCAGCUUUCGGGCCGAGUACAAGUCCUCCGGCGGUCCCUCCGUCUUCCAGAAGCCCGUCAAAUUCCAAGUGGACAUAGCUUUUUCCGAGAGCGAGAGGGAGCGAGACCGGGAGAGGACAGAGAGGGAGGGCAGGAGGGAGGCAGGAAUCUACAGCGUGACAUUCACCCUUAUAUCAGGCCCGAGUCGCAGAUUCCGACGGGUGGUGGAAACGAUCCAAGCUCAGCUCCUCAGCUCUCAUGAUCAACCACUGAUGCAAGUCCUAUCUGAUCCCUUCCCAGAUGAGAAGAACAGCCGGCCCCACGGGACUCCCACCCGCCAAAACUCGAGGCGCUCUGAGGGUGGGGGCGACAGGUGCGAGUGGGGCGACCGAGCAGAUGGCGGAGGCAUCGGAGGAAGCGGAGGUGUUCUGCAGCGCAGAGGCUCAGCGAAAGAGAGAACCCGUCUGCUGUCCUCGAACGGAACCCAAUCCCAACCGUAGGAUAGGAGACCCGGCUGCAGGGAGCUCGAACCAGAAAAGACUCCGCGUUACUUCAUGUCCAAGUACCCCUGCAAGCUGUGAGCUGCUAUUCUUCCUUGACUAAGUUACUAACGUUGUUUGACUCUAGCAAGGAUCGAGCUUUUUCCUUCCAUCAAGCUUUUUUUUUCUUUUUUUUUUUGGAUUUCUGUCCCACAUGAGAAAGAAGAGGUGUGGAACCAGCCUACAAAGGAAAAAGAUGACAUGUACGGGCAUUGCAUCAUAGACACAGCUUUUCUGAAGUGCAUGCCAGUUAGCGAACCAGCUUGCUAAAGGAUGCUGACAUGACUACAUAGUCUACCAUUUCUUUACUUUGAGGAAUCUGGCGCCAAAAAAAAAAAGAUGUGAUAGUUCCGUGUUUCAAUUACUCUUUAAAUUAACGCUUGUAUCCGAGUUAAGCCUCAUGCAGACAGUCGUCUAAACCGAAAGAGACAAAAAUGCAACAGGAGAACCCUUCACAACACCAAAUGAAUGAGAGAAUAUGAACAAAGAUCCUGUUUUUUUUUUUUUCUAGAGAAACUGUAUCUUGAAAUAACCGAAAUCUCUCGAUAAAAAGAAAACCAAUGAAGUAA